AUGGGCCUUCCACUCUUCAUCGCUCCUGUCGAAUCCGACGUGACUCGCAAGUCUACCAACAAGAACGCGACCACGUCGCCGUCGCGCACUUCCAUUCGUCGCGUUGAUCGCGCGAGUGAACGAGAGCGUCAGCGCAACUCGGUUCGCCGCGCCGCAGCCCGGAUCUACGGUCCCGUGCAGCGCACACUCUCCAGCAGAAGCCAGGAGCGUCCUCUUCCAUGGAUUGAGUCGAGCGUGGCGCCUGAGAAUGCCGCCGCUGGUGUGGAUCGACUGCGAUCGAUGCAGGAAUCUCUUCGUGAAAUGUCGCGCGAAGAUGCUCGGAGAAGUCAACGCAUGGAGGAGCACAUGGCUACAGUGUUUGGCACCAGCUGGCAUGAUCUGCCUCCUGGGCCUCCCUCAGAGGAGGCGAACCAGGAAACAGACCUUGGUUGGUGGUCUAUUGACCCACGAGGACGGGCUCGACGUCCGCGCAUGAUGACUCCUAUUUCGUCUCGUUUUACGCGCAGUCCUGACACUCUUGACGCGGUGCGUGCGCAAACCUCUUCUCCAUUUGCUGCGGAGAACUCGUCGCAGGCAGAUCAAAACGCUCGCCAGCAACGUAUUCGCCUGGCGCAGCUCACACGCAACGCGCACGCCAGACACCGAAGUCAGACAACUCGCCGCAGCACCGGUGUCGACGGUCUCGGGGACCGCGAGCGAAGUAUGAGCCCGGAAGGGUGGGAUACACUGCUCACAACACUGGCUCCAGAUCCGCAGCCACCCAGUGCAAACACAUCUUUCGCUUCAGCAACUGGCACACAGAGUGCAGGCCAAUCCGCUGGGCAAUCGUCGGCUGCGCAACCAUCUGCUGUGCAACCACCCACUGGUAGUUCGAUUCUCCCAGACGGCUUUGACGACGCACCUGUGGACCCGGGUUGCGAUUCGGGAUGUGAACAUUCUGAUUCAGACGUCGGCGCUGCAGAAGCGCGCGCCGAAGCACGGCGUUUUAUUGCCUAUCGCAACCGCAGAAACCAUCUAUCACGAUACAACGAGCAAGCGCGGGCCGCGCUUCAGUCACGGCCGCGACCCUCUGUCCCGGAACACCCCGAUGCACCAAGCAUAGCAGAACGCCAGGCUUUGAGCAGAGUGCCGAUACCGGAAUCCAACACUGUGAAUCCCUGGGUGACCCAGGCUUCGAUUGGCGCCGAUGAGCCGGAGAAUGCGCACGUCCCACGGCAUGCUAGAAUCAUGACAUUUUCGCCUGGUGAAGCACCAGCGGAGGAAGAUUUAUCUGGGAUGCAACAUAUUGUGCGGAGCAUGGCGCAGCGAGAGGACAUACCGGAAGAGUGGUGGCUUGAGGCUGGCCUCAGCCGUACGCUGUCUCAACAAGGGACAAACUAA